GGUCAAGGAAGGCAAGGCUAGACAACCAAAAUACAACACAGUUUGAGGCGAGGAGGACAAAACGAGACUCGAGAACCAGAACACAACACAACACAACACAGACUGAAGCAGGGAUAACACAACACAACACAACACAGACUGAGGCGAGGAGGAUAAAAAAAAUCAGACAACCACAACACAACACAAAGACUGAAGCGAGGACAACACAACACCACACAUUUCUGGAAAACGUAACAGCAAGCACACACUGAGAGAUGACUAAAGCCCUCUUCACGUGUGGACAGUUCGUGUGGUGAGAGAAAUAAGCCAUUGGAGUGAAAUAUGUGGUAGUGAUAAGUCUGGAUGGGCUGAGAGGAGGGCGUGAGGGAGGUGGUGGUGGUGCUGGUGCUGGUGGCGAAUUGAAGCAACAGAAGCGGACGACACUUCCAGUGUUGGCAGUGGCUCCAACGCCGACAACUCCCGCAGUGGCACCCCGACCCUGCGCAGGAAGGGAAGGAAGAACCGCGGCCGCAAGAAGGUUCCUCCCCCUCUCAGGAUGGGCUACAAGUUUGGGUGCUACUUGAAGGAAGACCACGGCCAGCCCAUCUUUGGUGCUCAGUUCAACCAGCACUUGCGAGAUGGCCAGCCCCUCGUGUUUGCUACAGCUGGCAACAACAGAGUGUCCGUGUACCAGUGCAUGGAAGAUGGGUCCAUCAAGCUGCUUCAGUGCUACAGUGACCCUGACCCGGAGGAGAAUUUCUACACAGUGGCCUGGAGCUACGACACGGAGACUGGCCGUCCCAUCCUGGCUGCUGCUGGGUCCCGGGGUGUCAUCCGCAUCUUCUCCCUGGCCACCAUGCAGUCCAUCAAGCACUUCAUUGGUCAUGGAAAUGCCAUUAAUGAACUGAAGUUCCACCCACGGGACCCCAACCUGCUGCUCUCUGUCAGCAAGGACCACGCACUGCGCAUGUGGAACAUCCGCACUGACAUCCUGGUGGCCACCUUUGGAGGCGUGGAGGCACACAGGGAUGAGGUGCUCAGUGCCGACAUUGAGGUGGAGGGGACGUGCAUUGUAUCUUGUGGAAUGGACCACUCGCUGAAGAUCUGGAAGCUCACCACAGACCUCAUGCUGUCCACCAUCAACCAGUCAUACACCUUCAACCCGAGCCGCUCUGUUCUUCCAUUCCCGACCGUCCAGCAGAACUUCCCAGACUUCUCCACUCGGGACAUCCACCGCAAUUAUGUGGACUGUGUGCGCUGGUUGGGGCGGUUCAUCCUCUCCAAGAGUUGUGAAAACACCAUUGUGUGCUGGAAGCCUGGUUUGCUCAACCAGACUGAACUGAAGCACAACGACACCAAUGUCACCAUCAUCCACAAGUUUGACUACAAGGAGUGUGAGAUCUGGUUCAUGAGGUUUGCCCUCGACUACUGGCAGAAGGUGAUGGCCGUGGGGAACCAGCUGGGCCGCACCUACGUCUGGGACCUUGACAUCUCAGACCCCUCCCAGGCGCGCUGCUCUACGCUGACGCACCCCAAGUGUGUGGCACCCAUCCGCCAGACAGCCUUCUCCCGCAACGGCAACAUUCUCAUCACCGUGUGUGACGACGCCACCAUAUGGCGCUGGGACAGAGUGGAGCAGCAAAUGCCGCAGCAGCACACUCCACAGCAGCAGCAAACACAACAGUAAGGGGAUGUAUAUUGGUUUUUAUACAGUUUGUAAUUUUAACUUAACAUUUAUUCCUUGACUUUGCCAAGUGUAUUUUACAAAAAGGCAAAGUUUUUAAUGCUAAGAUAUUUUUGUACUCUUGUAAAUAUAUACAAAUAGAUUUAAGAAGGUCUUUUAUACAAUUAUCCUGUGCAUUGCAGUUGCUAUGUAAGAAAAUCAGUGUGUGAAAACUCGCUAUUCUCUUAGGAAACUUAAAAUUUUAUGCUGAACAAUGAAUUGUGACAAAUUCAGGUGUAAAAUAAAAUAAAUAGUUUGAUAGAAAA